AUGAAUGAGCCAAAGGAAACCGACUCCCAACAUUUGGAGAAUGUCCAGGGUCACGACGGAGGAAAAGGCGCAGAGUUUGUCUUCGUGCCAGCCAACGAGCAGUCCCUGAUCCGUCGCAAGUUUGAUCGACGCGUCCUACCACUCGUCUGCAUUCUUUACAUCCUAUCGUACCUUGAUAGAGGAAAUAUCGGAAACGCAAAAACAGCCGGCCUCGAUACUGAUCUCGGUCUGGAUGAUCAACAAUGGGCAUGGAUAUUAUACUCAUUCUACAUUUGCUACAUUUUGUUCGAGUGGACAACCGUCCUGUGGAAAAUCUUUCCAGCUCACAUAUACAUCUCCAUACUCUGCAUAUGCUGGGGUGCGGCUGCAAUGUGCAGCGGCGCUGUCAAUAACAUGGCGGAGCUCAUUGUCUGUCGCUGUCUACUUGGUGUUUUUGAAGCUGCAUUCGGUGCUGGUGCUCCGUAUUUCCUAUCUCUAUUCUACCAGCGUCAGGAGCUGGGCUUCCGUGUUUCGAUUCUGUUAGGAAUGUCGCCCGUUGCGAAUUGCUUCGCUAGUGCGCUUGCCUAUGGCAUCACGCAGAUUCGACAUUCGAUUUCCUCCUGGAGGUAUCUGUUCAUCAUUGAAGGAGCCCCGACCGUCCUAUUUUCCGUCAUUGUCUUCUUCUACCUCCCGGACUCACCAGGCACGGCCAAAUUCCUCUCCGAAAGUGAACAAACCCAAGCAGUUGAGCGUCUUCAAACCGUCGAUAUGACAGCAAAGACACGUUUGGAAUGGAAUCAAGUCUUCAAUGGUCUUAAAGAUUACAAGAAUUAUGUACACAUGUUGGUUCACUUCUGUUGCAACUAUUCUUUCGCAGGUCUGUCCAACUUUCUACCCACCAUCAUCCAAGAGAUGGGAUACACCUCCAUCAAUUCACAAGGUCUCUCAGCGCCGCCUUAUUUUGUUUCAUUCCUUCUAUGCGUGGUAGCCGCGAUUAUCUCCGAUAAAUGGGGAAGAAGAGGAAUUGUAAUCGCGGUGAGCGCCACAGUCGGAAUGAUCGGAUACCUCAUUCUAGCCGCGGUGCAAGAUGAAACCAAGCCCGGGGUAAGAUACUUCGGUAUUUGGCUGGCGACUUGUGGGGUGUUCCCGGCGCUUUCAGUAAAUAUCACCUGGCUAUUGAAUAACCAAGGGGGCGAUUCCAAGAAGGGGGCUGGUAUGGCGAUUCUGGCCGUCUUUGGACAAUGUUCGAGCUUUAUCAGCAGCUCCGCAUUUCCGGAUUCCGAGGGACCGUUUUACGUCCGUGGUUGUGCGAUUGGAUGCGCGUUGACUGGCGCUAUCGCGAUCAUGGCGCUUGGUCUAUUUUUCAACUUGAAUCAUGAGAAUAAGCGUCGGGAUUGUCAACUAGAAAUCGCAGCAAUCGACCACCUCGUAGUCGCGCUGCCAUUGAAUAUGAGUACACGCGCACUUAUCAAGCAUGUGUCCCAUGCAGACGACGGAAAGUCAAGUGCCAACCGAUCGAAGACCAACGUCAGCCAUGCUCCCGUUGCGCGAAACUCGAGUUGGAUUGUCGGUUCGAUGAAAAGAAGCCGUGGACAAGAGGGGAAAAAGGUUCUCGUCAUCACUAUUAUUAAGCCGACGCUAGACCAGACGAACUGCCGAUACAAGGUGGGUCAUUCUUUCCUGGCUCGCGAAGACAGUGGACUCAUUCAUUUAGCAUCUCGUGACACAAUCAAAGAGAAUGGCAUGUUGGCAGCAGGACUCAAUCGCAUAGUCUCAAGCGGCAACGACGCGUUAGGCAUUCUCUUUCAAGCCGCGGCUCAAGAGGUGGAUUCAACACCGAGAAGUCAUGGGACUACUCGGCACCAUAGCUCCCAUGCGGGCUAUGGAGAUUUGGAUCGUCUACAGUACCCACCUAGUACGGAAGUAUUGAGGAUAUGGGAUGCAUGCAGAUUUGUCAAGAUGGGGUGGUUCACAGCCUAUGAAGCCUUUACACUGGUUGAUCUAUUCUUCAAGAAUAUGGCUCCGCUUUCCCCGAUUCUCUCAGAAUUUUACGCAAAGCCUCAUAAUCACUACUGGCUUGUCACGCAAGAGCCAAUGCUCUGCUGUACGGUAUUGAUGAUCUCAUCUCGGUACCAUACUCUUCCUGGGGUGGGCGGACAAGAGAAGCUAUCCAAAGCUAAAACAAGACAUCUGUCAUCUAUUGAAGCGUUGCUUCUCAUUUCAGAAUGGUAUCCCCGGGCACUUCACUUCCCUCCUGAAAACGAUGGUUGGGACUCUGACCUAAUUCUCUCCACGCCUGACUUGCGAGAUCCUCCUUCUGCACCAGAGGAUGUGCCGAUGUCUGAUAGAUGGAAGGAAGAUGUUGUUGAGCCGACGAGGCGAUCAGAUCGAAUGUCUUGGAUGUUGGUUUCUAAUGCGUUGGCCUUGGCGCAUGAGCUAGGUGUCUUCGGACAAGGAGCUUCAAAAUAUAAAGAGGACUACGUGUUCAUGGGCUCUGAGGCAGAUCUCUAUGUGCAGCAACUUGAGACUAGACGCCAGCGUCUCCCGUUGUUACUGUUUGUCUUUGUGAAUCUCAUUGCGGCGAGAAUUGGGUGCCCGUCGCUUCUUUCAGACACACCGGAAGAUUUCUUGCGCCCAGGGGGCGACCGAGAAUGGGCAAGCUUUAUGGCCUCUUGGGUCGAACUGACAAGAAUGACGAAAGAGAUUAUAGAGCAAUACUUUCCUUCUACAAAGACCGAUCAGCGACGACGACGAUGGGACAUCGCCUCGGUCGAGGAAUGGCGGAAGCGAUUCGACGAUAUCCUCCUCAUCGAAUCACAAUACCUUCGCAUAUUUAUCAACUCCAUCGAAAUGCAGUCUUUCGUCGAGGAUACCCUGUCGCUAUCGGACCUGACAUUACAAACGAGCAACGCAGCAGUGAAAGACCGCAUAUUUCUGACAGAAGUCAUCGAUGGAGCUGGCGUAAUCCUCAACCACGUAAUUCGACUAUCCAACCAACAUAGAAUUCAAUACCUUCCGCACCGCAUCUUUCUUCGCGUCAUCAGUUGCUCAAUCUUCCUCCUCAAGGCUCUUGCCCUCGGCACCCGAGCAUCAACACUUCACGAUUCACUUAUGCUGCUGGACAAAACGAUCGCUGCCUUGCAAUCCAACUUUCCUGAUGACAUCCACCUUGUCUCACGCUACGCGUCUCUGCUGCAGGUCUACGUCUCGCGCGUACGUCAGACAUUCGGACUGGGCAAUGACAUGCGCAAUGUGAACUUUCAGCAGGAGACGAGUCAAGAAGAGCGCGCUGGAAAUGAACCAGCUCAGGAGCCCGGUACAUGGGAUCAUGACAUCCCCUUGCCUGAGUCAAUAUUCUCUGAUGAUUGGUUAUCGUUACCUUUGGAUCCGCUGAUGGCACCUUUUGGGCCGUGGGAUGAAACCGGACAGUUGGAUUACGGAUUAGACUCGGCAUACUUAGAUUUGGAUUUUAUUUGGAAUUUGCCUCCUUAA